CCUCCUUCCGCGCGGUUCGCUUCGGGCCAAGAGGACCACCAAGUGGACGAGGUGGACGAAGUGGAUCGGCGCGGGAACCGCCGCGAGUGGCGCGGCGCGGCCAGGACGCGAGGAACCGCCUGAGGAGCCGCGUGGGUGCGCACCGGCCGGCACCGGCCCAACAAAGCAUCACAGACAUGGACCUGCAGGACCCCAAGAUGAAGGCCGUGGUGGCCAACUUCUUCGACCUGGAGAAGGCCAUCGAGAAGGACCCGGACCUCUCGCACGAGAAACUCGACGUGCUGCGCUCUUGGUCCAAGAACCGCGACGACAUCUUCCCCGGCAUGACAGACAUGCAGCUGCUGCUGUUCCUCCAGUCCUGCUACGGUGACACGGAGGCCGCCAAGGAGUGCAUGACGAUGUACUUCAACUGCAUCCUGGAGGUGCCGCAGUUCUUCGACCACUGGGACGUCACCAGGGACCAGAUCAAACAAGGCCUGGACACAGUAUACUACUCGCCAAUGCCAAGGUUAUCGCCAAAGAACCACCUGAUGAUGGUCUGCCGGUUCAGGCACACUGACGCCUCGAAGUACGUCUUCUCGGACGGGUCUCGUAUCUUCAUGAUGACGACGGAGGCGCAGUUCUUGUCGCGGGGGCCGCAGGAGGGCCUGUGCGCCAUCAUGGACAUGACCAACAUGUGCUUCAGCCACCUGUGGCGCUUCCCCGUGCCGCUCGUGCGCCGCUUCAUCGGCAUGAUCCAGGAGGGCAUGCCGGUGCGCCUCAAGGAGAUCCACAUCGUCAACUGCAGCUACUUCCUGCCGACGCUCAUGUCCUUCCUCAAGCCCUUCAUGAAGAAGGAGCUCGCAGACCUGAUCCAGUGCCACUCCGGCGCCAUGGACUCGUUCCGCGAGCAGUUCCCCGCCGAGUACCUCCCUACCGAGCUGGGCGGCACGGCCGGCAGCCUGCAGCAGCACCACGACGACAAUGUCCGCCUACUCGGCAAGCUCACCCCGCUGUGGGAGGCCAAGGACGCGUGGUCCUCGACGCGGCGGCAAAGCAGAGAGCAGGACAGCGACUAGGUGCUGCAGGACCUCGACCACCACCGCCGAGGCGGCCCAGCAGGCACCAGCCCCCUACAGUGCGACAGAGGCAGAGCGAUGAAAGAACAGUUCGGGAUGCUGCAGGCAGCCUCUGGAUGUGUUGCUCUCUCGCAGGUGUGAGGCGCACCAUACCCCACCAUGACAGUGUGUAAACGUUUUUGUACAUAGUAUGUGGCGACGUCUUAGUGUCGCAAAGCGGCUGUAAUAAAUUUGUUAUUUUUAUUACA